UGUCCGCCGCCUCCUCCUCGGCUGUGUCCGCUCUUGAGUCGCCCUCCUCGGCCUCCUCCCUCCCUCUCUCCCCGGUUAUGGAGCUGUGCUGCUCGGCGUGAACGCAGCUUGAGCUCCGAUAAAAAAACAACGAGACUCGGUCCGGAGACAGAACACACACUUUAACUCUCACACACACACACACACGCGGAUCAAGAUGCCAGUGGCUGUAGGUCCGUACGGCCAGACCCAGCCCAGCUGUUUUGACCGGGUCAAGAUGGGCUUCAUGAUGGGGUUUGCAGUAGGAAUGGCUGCCGGCGCCAUGUUUGGCACUUUCUCCUGUCUCAGGAUCGGCAUGCGCGGCAGGGAGCUGAUGGGAGGAGUAGGGAAGACCAUGAUGCAGAGCGGGGGGACGUUCGGCACGUUCAUGGCCAUCGGUAUGGGCAUCCGCUGCUGAGGAAGACGAGGAGCGACCACCACCUCCAGAACUCAACUCCACAGCUAUGGGACUCUUCCAGUGACUCCGAUCUCCUCAGCUCUCCGCCCGCUCGGCGCCGUCACGCGCUCGACCGGCAGUAUAGUUUUGUCAAUAAAAGUCGAAAUCUGUCAAA